GUUGAAUCUACUCAAUGUUAUCUUGAUGGCAAUCCUUUCUAAGCUCGUCUUGCUUCUCAACAUGGCCAUGCAUAACGCUCCUGUUUAUUGAUGUCGCUUGUUCAACAACACUCUUUACUGCUGGGACAGUUUUACUUGCUUUAUUUGUGACUGUAUAAACGUUUACGCUCCUGAAUUUUGGUAGCUGAGGUUCAACUGAACUAAAACAUAGCAUGGAAAUGAAUGGAGGAGAUUUCAUGUUUCCCUUUCGUGGGCGAUUAUUUAGAAGAUUAGAGUUAGGAAGUCCGGGUGCAAUUUUAGCGACUGCUUCUUCAUGCGACGAUAACACUAUUGCUACAUGUUCAACGGACACCAAAGUUUUGCUUUGGGAUUUGUCGUCGGGCAAAAGAAUCAACUGCCUUCAAGGUCACACGGCAGAAGUCACAACCUGCUGUUUUGGGGACGAGUUACUAGCGACAGGCUCAAGAGACGGAGUUGUGAUUCUUUGGAAAUAUAAAUCAGGAAAACGUGUGUCUAGAAUAUCUUUUCACCAAGGCUCGAUACAAGCUGCAGUGAUUUCUCCCGAUGGUCAAUUUCUGGCAAGUGCAGGCGAUGACGGGCAAGCAGUUGUGUACCGAAUUCAAAGUGGUGAAGGAGCAUAUAUCUGUGGCUCAGAGAAUAGGCAAGUUAAGGGCCAUGAAGACGCUGUAAAUGAUGUCUGUUUCUCGGCAGAUAACUGUCAUUUCUUAACGUGCUCUAGUGACGGAUCGAUUCAGUUAUGGGACACGGAAACAGGCCAAAAUAGAUUGAAGAUAGAUACGAAACAUGGAAAAUUGAUUAACACAAGGUUUACACCAAAUGGCAAAAGGGCAGUCACACUUAGUACUAGCCACGUGUCUGUAUGGGACUUAACCAAUGGAAAAUUGGAAUGGGAAAUGAGAGACGAGGAAGGUCGCAAUUAUCAGGCUCUGUCUGUCCACCCAUUCCAAGAUUUGAUCACCCUAGUGGCAAUGGAUAGCACUUUAACUUAUCAAAGUCUCCAUGAAAAAGAAAGGAAAAUUGUAAAAGGGACGGACCACAAAGGACCAAUUCUGUCUUGCAGCUUCUCACCAUCCGGACGCAUUGGAAUGACUGGUGGAAUCGAUGGCAAAACUUUAGUUUGGAUGUGAUAGCUUAGUUUACAGAAUUUUUCAGUCUUGAACAGUGUCCUUCUGUAUGAAUCGUCGAAAUGAUUGCUUUCCUUAUAAAUUGUUUUUCUGACUGAUGUUUGAUCGAUUAUAAUCAUUAUAACAUUAGUCAUUCUCAUUACCACGUGGCUAUGGA